AUUCUCCACGGCAUCAUGUGUCGACUGGAGGCCUCAGAGUCCCCCCAGACAAGGAGGGCCAAUGACCCCUUCAGGCUGAUGAAGGAUCUCUUUGUGGAGGUCCAGCAUGCCCUGAAGUAUGCUGACAUCUCUGUCGUCUUUGGCCUGGAGGAGAGCAUCCAAUUCAGUGGUGAGGAUGCGGUGAAGGCCAUCGUGAAGACUGCGGCUAAAAGAUUGUCCCUGCGUUCGGACUCCAACCGGGCUCAACUGCGUGCCGCACGCUCUGGUAGCGAGGGAGCCAUCAGGUGCAUGGCGGACACCAUCACACAGGUCAUAGAGGACUGGAGUUUCGAAGGCCAUUUUGGAGCCAGGAGGAGCCGUGGUAGUGGGAGGUCACACUCCUCAACCUCCUCAAGGAGUGAUGUCACCCUCACCGAGGAGCUCCUGGCUUGGAGGGAAACCCUAGACGAGGACCUAGAGGAGAUGGCUGAUGACAGCACUGGUUUGGAAAAGACCAGUGUGAGCUCAGCCAUCUCUGGGAAGUCCCAGGUAAUUAGCUACCUUUCUGAAAGCACCAAGCCCAUCAGCAGCGCCCUCUCCACAGACCUCGAGGACAUCACCUCCACACAGGUGAGACGGCCAAGAACCAGUAGAUCGUUUUGUUAUUUGGGCUGUUUGAUUGUGAGGCAUCGACUCAUAUCUGUUUCUCUCUCUACUAAGAAGAAAGAGAAGGAAGAAGCUAUGAAGAAAGAAGUGAGGAAGUCAGGAAAGAAGAAGCGAGGAAAUAACAAGAACCAGAAGAAGAACAAGGUGUCUCCUCUUGGCAAUGAUAGUACUGUGGCUGCAGAUGAGCCUAAGAAAAAACAGGCUCUCCUCCCGCGGAUCACAGCCGCCCUGGCAAAACUAUUUUGCUUCCCCUGCAAAAAAAAAAUGCAAACGUAACUGUGCAGAAGACGAGUUUGGGAAAACCCUGCUGCCACCUCCCCCAACCCACUUUCUAAAUAAACUCUCAAAGCCAACAGAAGAGGGAGGGAGACAACCCCCCCUACUCACAACUCAUUUUAUUAUACCCCAUUUAAUUCAAUAAACACAACUUGCAGC